AUGGGGUGUCGGCAUCUCUUGACCUGUCCAGUCAACGGCCGAGAAAUGGGAGAAGGCUUUUUCAGGCUUUUAAGAAUCGAUCCGUUUAAUUCAAGGAAACGUCAAAGACCAGCUGCUUCUCAAAGAACACAGUGGCCAGAGGAGUUUCCUCUCUCGGGCGUGGAUGUGAAGACACAGCGGCAAGCAGAGGAGGUGUUAGGAGCAACACUCCAUGAAAUCCAAGCCCUCCAAGGACAGCUGCGUGAGCUGCAGGAAGACCUGCACGUUCUGAGAUGGAGCACAAAGGACAUUGCGCGGCGGGCUCUCAGCGAAGCCCUCAAGCAGGCUGAGCUCCCGGGCAUGACCGGAUGGGAUGUUCAGAAGCUAAUUGAUGAAGCACUGGAGAAGCUGGAAUACAACCAAGUCGGGAUGCCCGAUUAUGCCCGCAAAUCAUCAGGGGCUACCGUCAUGCACUCCAAGACUUCUGGCUCCUUGCGGAAUACCAGAGGGAGACUCUUCUGGGCUGGGCUGCCCCUGCUGCACUCCAUGAAGUCUCCUGAGGUGAUUCUGGAGCCGGAAAAUCACGCAGGAAACUGCUGGUCUUUCCCCGGCAGUCAGGGUCAUGUGGUGAUCAAGCUGCCUAGAGCCAUCUUCCCGCAAGCGGUGACCCUGGAGCAUAUUUCUGUGAGAGUGUCCCCUGGAGAAAACAUCUCCAGUGCUCCCAGGGACUUUGCUGUCUAUGGGAUGAAGGCAGAAAGUGAGGAGCAGGGCACGUUCCUGGGAGAGUUCACGUACGUGGCUGCAGAGCAUCCCUUUCAGACUUUCCAGCUGCAGAACGAACGCUCUGACUUCAUACAGUACGUGAAGCUGAAGGUGCUGAGCAACUGGGGCCACCCGGAAUACACGUGCGUGUACCGAUUCAGGGUGCACGGUGACGCGGUACCCGCCAAAGAGGACUCUGCGUGGCACCUCUAA